AUACCGGCCGGGACGGAGUGACUCAGUACUAGACGGUUAAGGUUUACUUUACUCUAGUCCAUCCCUUCUCCAGGUCUAGUCAAACACACAUAUAUCCAUCCUGCACCAUGUCCUGGCAAAGUUAUGUCGAUGACCAGCUCCUUGCUACCAAGGUGGUCACCAAAGCGGUCAUCGCUGGUCACGAUGGUUCUAUCUGGGCAACUUCUGAAGGGUUUAAAGUAACAACAGAAGAUAUUAAGAAGAUCCUUGCUAACUUCGAGAACCGAGAUCUUCUAGCACAGAACGGUAUUACAGUCGCAGAAACAAG